GUUGUUGAUGUUUUUUAAAACAAACACUAGCCUUAUGAUUAGAAAUUAAAAAUAGUAAAUAAGGAUGCUUACUGGUGGUGGAAUAAAACUCUUAUGAAACAUUAUUUCGGUAAGUUCUUGUAUUGCCAAUAAACUCAACCAGAGCGCUGUGUCCCACGCGUCGUCAGGAUGAUCGAUGAACUCCUUGAAAGUUAACGUAAUUUGCAGUUGGGCUAAACUUAUCAUAAAUCUUUGACAAAAUCCAUUUUAUAUCAAUUUUUGUAGUUGAUAUAGUUAUGUUGAAAGUACCAGCAAAUCUUCGAAAAUAGGUUACUGAAGCGUUGUGUCAAAAAUAGUUCGGACUGGAAGUAUUUGAUAAAGCAACACCCGUUUGAUAUAGCAAAGGUUUAUCACACGGGUAAUAUACACCACACAUAUGAGAUAAAAUGGAUUUCUCCUCAUCAUAUCGAUGCACAAGAAAAUUAUGCGCCCGUUAUGCGCUAGUUUUUUUCUGUCUAAUACUAGCCACACAGGUAAUCUUCAAUUAUAUAUCUAAAAAGACAACGAGAGGAAAAUUCGUUUUCUAUAGAAACGACCAGGACGUAACAGGGACCAAGCAAAGUCGGAAAGCUGAUGAUAUGUUCUUGCAGAGGAGUGUCCAUUUGUUUGACAAUGGACCACAAUUUGAUGCCUCUUUCUCGCCUCUGUAUUGUAAUAAAUCGGGAUCACAAUCUUUCGAACAAUCAUCACAGAAAUACUUUGGUUCUGAAAGAGUUAUACCGAACGUAGAUUGUGGUUUGCUGUUUGAAAAGAAUGACAAAGAAAUUGAGAGAGUUCGUAAAAUGAGGGUAAUAAACAAAUCGCAGUCGUUUUGCCAACAAACAAAAGCAUGUGAAAAUUUCAUCAAAACAAAAGGAUACAUUAUGGAUUCGUUAACAGAUGAGGAGAGGAAUUUUCCGAUUGCCUACAGCAUUCUUGUUUAUAAAAGCCCAGAACAGUUUGAAAUUCUUCUGAGGUCAAUUUACCGUCCACAAAAUAUGUACUGUGUUCACGUAGAUAGAAAAACAGUUGAAUACGUCUUCAAGGAAUUUUUCUGCAUCGUACGAUGCUUUCCCAAUGUGAAGAUGGCGUCAAGAAGAAUUGAAGUGAAUUGGGGAAAAAUAAGUGUUUUAUUACCAGACACCAUAUGCAUGAACGACCUUUUGUUAAUUCCUAAAUGGAAAUAUUUCAUCAACUUAACUGGACAGGAAUUUCCCCUUCGUACAAAUUAUGAACUGGUAAAAAUAUUGCAGAUUUUUAACGGUUCCAACGAUGGGGAAGGCACCAUCAAAAGGGCAAACAAGGAAAGAUGGAAUAUUACUGAGAAACCUCCUCAUACUAUCCAGCCAGUCAAAGGCUCUGUCCACGUGACUUUAAACAGAAAAGUUGUGGAAUACGUCAUCAAUCAUGAUGUAGCUGCCGAUUUUCUUACAUGGGUGAACAAAACAAGUAUUCCAGAUGAGACGUUCUUUGCAAGUUUGAUUCAUAAUCCUCAGCUGGGAAUUCCAGGAAGUUUUAAAGGAGAUCUGGAAACAGAUGAGGGCGUGAGAAAGCCUUUUCUAUCACGAUUUGUAAACUGGGAGGGUUUAUCAAAUUAUCGGCAGUGUCAUGGUAAAUAUGUUCGAUCAGUCUGUGUGUUUGGAGUCGGGGAUCUUCCUCUACUGGCUCGACGACCAGAAUUCUUUACCAAUAAAUUCCACACAGAUUACCAGGAAGUUGCUUUGCUUUGUAUGGAUCAGUUAAUAUACAACAGAACCAGAGAUGAGUUUUAUCAACGGUUAGAAUUUGAUUUACAGUAUUAUGAAAAACUACCACAUAUCAGGAAUAUCAUAUAGACGUUUGAAAAUGUGAUAAAAAGUAUUUGGACGUUUUUUUUUUAUAUUUUAUAAAUUGUUACUGAUGGCAAUCAUGGAAUGUGUAUAAAUAUUAAACGACACGAUUGUAAUCUUUGCAGUCUCAUAAAAUCAUCCUAUAGGGGUUAAUAUUAUAAAUAACCAUUUUUAUCAACACAUUUUUGUUUGUAUGUUUUUAACCGACAAUAAUUUUUAUGACCGUAAUGUGGAAAUAAAAUCAUAUUUCAUAAAACUUGACAAUCCGAUUAAAAUCAGAUCCUCGAUCCGCUCCUUGUUUUUCUACUGUCGCUACACGAGGAUAUCAUUGUUCGUAUCA